AUGUUUGACUAUUUGAAUACGUCAAUAAUCACAACUUUGAGUGUUUUGAUCAGCUCUCUGGUCCUUUAUUACCUUCACACAAACAUCUCAGAACGAGUCCUGAAUAACUUCCAAGCCACCGAGGUAUGGAUCCCAGAAGAUGAGCUAGUCCUCUUGACCGGCGGGAGUGGGGGUAUUGGCAGACAAAUAAUGGAAGAGCUUUCUCGCAAGAAAGUACGCGUUGUGGUCCUCGAUAUCAACCGGCCCACCUUUGACCUUCCAGAAAACGUCACAUUCUAUCAAACAGAUAUAACAUCAGCCAGAUCUCUUUCUGAAACGGGAGCUGCUAUAAGAAAUUCACACGGAGAGCCGACUGUUAUUGUGAACAAUGCUGCUGUUUUCCACCAUGGUACCAUCCUCGAAAUGCCAGAGGAGAAAUUGCGUCAGACAUUCGAUGUCAACAUCAUCUCUCAUUUCCUCAUCUUGAAAGAAUUCCUUCCGUAUAUGGUCCGUAUGAACCGUGGCCAUAUCGUUACAGUAGCGAGCGUUGCAAGUUUUGUUACUAUAGGCGAGAUGGUGGACUAUGCUUGUUCUAAGGCUAGCGCUCUUGCUUUCCAGGAAGGCCUUCGACAAGAAUUGAAAUAUUGGUACAAGGCCCCGAAUGUGCGGACAAGUUCCAUUCACCCCCUUUGGGUUCGGACUCCCAUGAUCGAAGGCUUCACUAGAUAUAAAACCGAUUUCCGUCAACCACUCCUGGAUCCAAAGGAAGUCUCCCAGGCAGUGGUGGAACAUAUUGUGACUCGGAAAAGUGGGCAAACCAUCGUGCCUAGACAUGCCUCGGCGGUUGGGUCCCUCAGGGCCUUGCCAUUGUGGAUGCAAGAGGCAAUGCGAUCAUACUUCUCGAGGAUAGUCCUGCGAGUGAGGAUUAAGCGCAUUGCUGAUGAAAAUUCUGGCCGGCAUUUCCCUUAA